ACUGGACCUAAAACACGCGGAUCCAAACAAAGAUUAUCCAUCACCAGCGCGAAUAUAUUCUGCAUCCUCUUCACAUAAGCCUUUAAGCUUAAGAGGUCGAGAACUCUCCUUUGCUCUUCAUGGCCUCCGAGUGUGAUGGUUUCAGCGAUUAUAUGGUGUUGAGGCCCGACAAGGCAGGCGUUUCUGAUCUCUUCCGCCUCUUGUAUUCAUCGAAGGUGGCGGAGAAUGAAUCGGUGGACUGCCCCGUCGACACCCAGAUCAACGAAAGGAGGCGAAGGUGGGCUAUCUUCAUCUCUCUCCUCCUGCAGAAGACUUUUCUCCUGUGGAGGAAGCCGAUGGCUUGGCUUGGAUCUGCACUUGAGUUCUGGCUAAACCUUCUGAUGGACAACCAUGGAUUCGUCUCGCUCUUGUGUAAUAUCUUCACAGGAAAAGUGGCGUAUCCCCAGAAAGAAUCAUCAGCAUAUAGAUCAUGUAUUGGACAAAUGGACACGAGAGAGGAAUUAGACGCGAGAAUUCAACCGAGCGACGGGAAGUAUCACGCAGCACUCUCAAUAAUGGCUGCAAAACUAGCUUACGAAAAUGAAUCAUGCAUCCAAAACAUAGUUACUAACCACUGGAAUAUGGAGUACUUGGGAUUCUACGAUGGUUGGAAUGACUACCAGGAGCAGUACAGCUCAGAAGCAUUUGUGUUCAAUGACAAGGCAGCCGACACCGAGCUGAUCGUGGUGGCAUUUCGAGGCACCGAGCCCUUCGACGCCGUUCAAUGGUGCGCGGACUUCGACUUCUCCUGGUACGAGAUACCAAACGUUGGCAAGGUCCAUGGAGGCUUCAUGAAGGAGUUGGGAUUGCAGAAGAAACUUGGGUUUCCCAAGGACCUACCUCAGAGUAGAGACAGACCGUCAUAUGCUUACUACGACUUGAGGGAGAAGCUCAGGGAAGUGCUGCGCCAUAAGGAGAAGGCAAAGUUCUUGGUCACCGGGCACAGCUUAGGAGGGGCACUUGCGAUACUGUUCCCGUCCAUCUUGGCACUGCAUGGGGAGGAGUGGCUGUUGGGUAGGCUGGAGGGAGUGUAUACAUUUGGGCAGCCCAGGGUGGGAGAUGUCAAGUUCGGGGAGUUCGUGGAGCAGCACUUGGACAAGCCAAAGAAGAGGUACUUUAGGUAUGUGUACUGCAAUGACAUCGUGCCAAGGGUUCCCUACGAUGACUCUGCUCUCCUGUUCAAGCACUUUGGGACAUGCAUCUACUUCAACAGUCUCUACAAGGGAAAGGUGGUGAAAGAGGAGCCGAACAAGAACUAUUUCUCGUUGUGGACAGUCAUCCCCAAGUACAUGAACGCAUGGUGGGAGUUCAUCCGGAGCUUCUUGAUCGGGCACGUGAUAGGGCAAGAUUACAAGGAAGGAUGGUUCAUGACAUCUAUGAGACUUCUUGCUCUCGUCGCUCCUGGUCUUACACCACACACACCUCAAGACUACGUCAACUGCACCAGACUGGGGGCUUCACCUCCGAGCAACAAGCUCGAGUGACUCGGAAGCAAGCUUCGGCAUCUUCUUCUUGCUCGGAGUUUCUUCUGGAUCGCCAGCAAUUGUUUCACAUAUAUACUGGCUGUUGGAUGAUGUAUUUUUUGGUUCUAUCAAAUCAUGCAACUAUAUAUUUUACAUGGAUAUA